AUGCAUCUGUUCUGUUCCAUUAUAGCGGCGGUUAUCUUACACGUGCCAUACGGAAUGGAGCACAUGCUUUUGAUGGAUCUUUCGAAACUCUGUUACCUUUUCAACAAGCAGCUCAAGAACAGUGACGUGAGUAGCCUCAGAAGAAUGGUCCUCCCAAAGAAAGACGCCGAGACUCAUCUCCCCGUUCUUGAGACAAAGGAAGGGAUCUCUAUCUACAUGCUUGAUAUGGAUGGAGUUCACGAUUGGUGGUUCAAGUACAGAUACUGGCCAAAUAACAGCAGCAGGAUGUACGUCCUCGAGUCCACUGGGGGAUUUGUCAACGCUCACCACUUAGUAACUGGUGAUUACAUUCUCGUCUACCAAAACUCUGAUGAUGGACGAUACGUUAUUGAAGCAAAGAAGAAGGUAGAAUAUGAAGCUUCGAGGGCCUUCAACGAACAUCUCGCAAUAAACGAGUCAACAGCCGACUCCCAAUUCCCUCCAAUCCCUGAUCAAGAAAAUUUAUAUGAAUACGAGUACGAGUACAAUGCUGCAUUCAUGGAUGACUCGCCCCUCGAUUAUGUUGGCGAUUCGAUAAACUUACCGAGGUUUGAACCCGAGAUAAAUUUUGAAUCCAUGGGAGAUUAUGAUAAUAAAGACUUGCUGUGA